GGGCAUUCAUCUGGAGCCAGGAAGUGUGAUUUCGCAAUUGCGUGACGUAAACUUACCCACAAUCCUUUUCGCGCUUCCUACAGAGUUGAAAAUGGCGACGAGGGCACCAGCUGCCACCGGCAAGCUCCUGCAGGGCUUCCGAAAAUGGUACUACAAUGCCUGUGGUUUCAACAAAAUUGGUCUCAUGCGUGAUGACACCAUUCAUGAAGACAGCGACGUGAAAGAGGCCCUGCGCAGGUUACCAGAGAACUUGUUCAACGACAGAAUGUUCCGGAUCAAGCGGGCUCUGGACCUCUCCAUGAAGCAGACGGUUCUUCCCAAGGAGAUGUGGACGAAAUACGAGGAAGACCAUGCCUAUCUGGAGCCCUACCUAAAGGAGGUGAUUCGCGAGAGGAAGGAGAAAGAGGAGUGGAGUAAGAAGUAGACCCAUUAUGGGGGUUGAACAUGCGGCUGUAUGGUCUGGUCUUUGCUCUGUUGUAUUUAAAAAUUCAAGUGUUUUCUGUGGACGGUCUCUGUAAUUAUUAAAUCUCUUUUAACUGACA